AGAAUGGUUAUCACAGACACGGCUGCGUGGGUACAGUCUCAAUCGAGAAGUAUUGUCGAUUUCAUUUCGGCACCAAACUCGAACUCUUCCCUUCCACCGUACGUUCAAAUCGGAGCCGCCGCCGCAGUCACCAUGGGCCUCGGAUACUACUUGUCGAAGAGCUCGUCAUCGACGUCGGGAUCCUACUCGUUCAGUGGGGUCACCUAUUCGGGAAAUGUCAAGCCACUGGUGGAUCCGAUGAAUCAGAGUCGCAUUUUGCCGGAUGGUUCCCGCAUCAGCGCCUACCUGAAGGACGACGAACUCCAGGCUUUCCUGUUCGAAGACGCGCGCACCCUCUACCAGGGUGUUCGCCGUGGAGCCCGUCUCUCGAACAACGGGCCGAUGCUCGGACGUCGAGUCAAACAGUCGGAUGGUUCAAUCCCGUACGUGUGGGAGUCGUACAAUACGAUUCUCGAGCGAGCCGACAACGUGUCCGUCGCGUUCCGUGAGCUCGGCGUUCCGACUGGCAACGCGGAGAACAUUGGGAUCUACUCGAAGAAUCGCGCCGAAUGGAUCAUCACCGAAUUCGCCACCUACAACUAUUCGAAUGUGAUUGUGCCGAUCUACGAGACCCUUGGAUCAGAAGCGUCGAUAUUCAUUUUGAAUCAGGCAGAGAUCAAGAUUGUUGUCUGUGAUGAUAUUUCAAAGGCCACUGGUCUCUUAAAGUUCAAGGAGCAAUGCCCAAGUUUGAGCACACUUGUUGUGAUGGAACCAGUCACCGAUGAGCUCAAAACGACUGCGUCAUCGCUCGGAGUCGAGGUGCUCACGUUCGAGGAUCUCGAGAAGAUUGGAAAGAACGCCAAGACUCGUCCAGCACACAUUCCACCAACACCAGAGGAUCUUGCGACCAUAUGCUACACGUCAGGAACGACUGGAACACCGAAAGGUGUGAUGCUCACUCACGCGAACGUGAUCGCCGACGGUGUCUGUAUGGACUUCUUCAAGCACAGUGGCAUCGCGGCGACCGAUUCGAUGAUCAGCUUCCUUCCGUUGGCUCACAUGCUCGAGAGAGUCAUCGAGAGUGUGUGCUUCUGUGUCGGCGCGAAAGUCGGAUUCUAUCGUGGUGACAUACGUGUGUUGGCCGAGGAUAUCAAAGAGUUGAAGCCGACUGUGGUGCCAGUGGUGCCACGUGUCUUGAAUCGGCUUUACGAUAAAGUGAUGUCUGAAGUGAACAAGUCGACUUUGAAGAAGAUGUUGUUUGAUUUCGCUAUCUCAUACAAGGCCAGAGAUAUGGCAAACUUCAAUAUCAGAAAUGACGGAUUCUUCGACAAUUUGGUAUUCAAAAAGAUUCGCGAAGGAUUCGGAGGGCGUGUGCGUCUGAUGAUCACCGGAUCGGCUCCACUUUCGACGAAUGUGCUCACCUUCGUUCGUGCCGCUAUGGGAUGUGUCGUCGUCGAGGGUUACGGUCAAACGGAAUGUGUCGCCGCUUGCACUGUCUCGAUGGAAGGAGAUUCGCUAGCCGGACACGUCGGAAUGGUGAUCCCAUCGUGUCAGAUCAAGUUGGUCGACGUGCCCGAGUUGAACUAUUACGCGAAGGAUCAAGCCGGCGAGGUGUGUGUCAAGGGACACAUCAUCUUCAAGGGAUACUAUAAGAAUGAGCAACAAACGAAGGAGACGAUCGAUGAGGAUGGAUGGUUGCACACUGGAGACAUUGGACGAUGGACUCCUGAGGGAACGCUGAAAAUUGUGGAUCGCAAGAAGCACAUUUUCAAGCUCUCGCAGGGAGAAUACGUGGCACCGGAGAAGAUUGAGAACAUCUAUGUCCGCUCGAAAUAUGUCGCUCAAUCAUUUGUUCAUGGAGAAUCACUGAAGACGUGUCUCAUUGCUAUUGUUGUACCUGAUGCUGAGGUUCUCGUCCCAGCGAUGGCCGACCAAGGAAUCAAGGGAACAUUCGAAGAGCUGUGCAACAACGACGCCGUCAAAAAGGCGAUCCUCGAUGACAUGGUCGCUGUUGGCAAGAAAGCCGGGCUCUUCUCGUUCGAGCAAGUGCGCGAUAUCAGUCUCUCCGCCGAGCAAUUCAGCGUCGAGAAUGAUCUUCUCACGCCAACGUUGAAGAGCAAGCGUCCGAAGCUGAAGGCUCACUACUCGAAGCAACUCGAUGCGAUGUAUUCGAAACUUCCAUAGAUUCCGUUCCCCCCGAUUCAUUUAUCCACCACCACCAGUGCCAUUCCCUCAUUCCUUAUGCUCAAACAUUGAUAUUUUCGUUGUUUUGUUUCAAUCCAAAUAAUUCCAUUAACUUGAUUUCAUUAACGGGUAUACGCUUUCUUCCUCCCUCUCUCGAUAUUCACGUUCGGUUUAUCAGUUUAUCAUCGGCUUGUUCCCAUUUAUUGAUUGUUUUAUCGCAAGUACACAAAACAUUUCACUUUAUUAUUUCCAUUUUCCCUCACCUUCCCCCCUACCCUAUGUAUUUAGACGACAGAGUUAUUGAAUAUAGUAAUUGGUUAAUAUAUUACACGUGAAAAACUAUUGUACUGGCAUUUACUGUGAUUGUUUUACUUUAUUGCAACAACAAAGAAUUUCCCCCUCCCAUAAAUAAAAAGUGAAAAAAUUCCAAUUCA